AUGGCGGACUGCUCCGACGACGUACGACUAACGGGUCGAUACGGUGGUACCAACCUACUCGAUCUUCCAGACGAAAUGCUCAGUGACCUCCUGCAGCUAUCGCUGAUCUAUUUGGGUGUACACGUCAACUUCAAGACAAUAGCUUCGCUUACAGGGGUUCCGAACCUGCAAAGUUUCACGCUAGCGUGGACAAAUCAAAUUCGGGAGCUACCGAACUUUGACAACGUGCCAAAACCUCUUCCAAGACUCGAGUAG